AUAUAUAAUAGUCCCUUUCACUGUAGCAGAAACAUUGAACGUGAACAACUAGAAGCAAAGAGAUGUCUUGUCAACGGUGGCAACAUGUAUCCAAAUUCGUAUUUAUCGACAUCAACGAGCAGAAAACUUGUAAAACAUAGAGUCGGCUAAGAGCUAGAGCCAAGGAGAGAGAGAUCAAGAACAGCACGAAAAAAAUGGCGAGUUGGUUCGGAGACUUGGUAGUCGCUUUACCAAGAUAUCUGUGUCUGCAGCUGAUUCUGUUCGCUUUCGUAGCUGUGAUCAAAGUUAUGCACAAACUAUGGUGGACGCCGACACGCAUACAGAAGUUGAUGGCUACGCAGGGGAUCAAAGGCCCGUCCUACAGACUUGUCCACGGAAACACGAAACAAAUCUCGGAAAUGAAAAUGGAAGCUAUGACCAGGCCGAAGAGUUUGUCACAUGAUAUAUUUUCUCAUGUUCAACCCCAUAUUCAAUCGUGGACAAAGAUAUAUGGUAAGAAUUAUCUUCAAUGGCAUGGUUCAAAAGCGCAGUUGGUUAUUACGGAAGCUGAGUUGUGCAGAGAGAUACUGACUAACAAAGACGGAGCUUUUCAAAAAACGGAGACUCGAGGUUAUGUUAAAAGGCUUUUAGGAAACGGGCUCACGAGAUCCUCAGGUGAAAAAUGGGCAAAAUUGCGGAAGCUGGCCAACCAUGCCUUCCAUGGGGAGAGCUUAAAAGGCAUGAUUCCAGCAAUGAUAGCAAGCGGUGAGACGAUGAUGCAGCGCUUGAAAAAUCAUGAAGGCAAAGAGAUUGAAGUGUAUGACGAAUUUCGGUUUUUCACGUCAGAGGUGAUUUCCAGAACCGCGUUUGGCAGCAGCUACUUGGAAGGGAAGAACAUUUUCGAGAUGUUGAUGAAGUUAUCGUUUUUAACAUUCAAAAAUGCUCUCAAACCCAGGUUUCCUGGUAUCAGUAAGUUCAUUAAAACAAGAGAUGAGGUUGAAUCAGCAAAGCUCGAGAAAGGAAUUCGCGACAACAUAAUGAAAGUUAUUAAGAAACGAGAACAGAAAGCAGUGAAUGGAGAAGAAGACGGGUUCGGGAGCGAUUUUCUUGGACUACUUUUGAAGGCACAUCAUGAUACCAAUGAGAAACAGAGGAUCUCGGUGGACGAUUUGGUCGACGAGUGCAAGACGUUUUACUUUGCUGGACAAGAAACCACAAAUAGUUUGCUUGCUUGGACAGUUUUUCUUCUGGCUCUUCAUACAGAUUGGCAAGAUGAAGCAAGACAGGAGGUCCUGCAAUUAUUUGGUAAACAAACUCCAAAUCCCGAUGGCAUCGCCAAACUUAAAACAAUGAGUAUGAUCAUCAAUGAAUCUCUGAGGCUAUAUCCUCCGGUUCUUUCUUUCGAAAGGAGAGCCGAGAGGGAAGUUAGACUGGGAAGGCUCAUUGUUCCUGCUAAUGUCGAACUGCAAAUCCCAAAUCUAGCGUUUCAUCAUGAUGCUCAGUAUUGGGGACAAGACGUGGACAUUUUCAAACCGGAGAGAUUCUCAGAAGGGGUUGCUAAAGCUACCAAGGACAACAUUGUCGCAUUCUUACCCUUCGGAAUGGGACCUAGGACGUGUGUCGGAUUCAACUUUGCGACUAUUGAGGUAAAGAUUGCUCUCUCGAUGAUUCUACAGCGCUACUCCAUCACACUUUCCCCUACCUACGUCCACUCGCCCUUUCAUUUUCUUACAGUUAGACCACAACAUGGAGUUAAAGUAAUUCUACACCGACUUAACCGCAAAGAUUAAAAUCGCCUGUCCUUAAUCUUGCGCUUGAUGUAUAGUAGUAUAUGGUUACCAAUUGUACAUAUUAAAACGUUUUGGAUGUCAUGGAGGACACCCUACCACUUUGUUUUGUGUGACGAAAGUUCGCAUCGGUGUAUAUAGUUUGCGGAUCAGAUUA